CUCUCUCUCUCUCCUUCUCUCGCACAUUUUUUUUUGUUCUUCGAUUUUCUUUUCUUUUCCUUUUCUAGUCUAAUGUCCUUCAAUCAUGUUUCAAACAACAAUGAUGAUACUGUAGACAACGUCAAUGAACAGUUUAUCUAUGAAUCUCCCUCUUCGUUCUCAAUAUUGCGAACUCAACCUGCAUUCAUUGGUAAAUUGUACAAGAUGCUGGAAGAUGAUACACAAGAUCUAAUUUGUUGGUCGACUGAUGGUGAUUACUUUAGUGUAUACAAUUCUGCAUUGUUUGCCAAACAAGUAUUACCUCAAUAUUUCAAGCAUAACAACUGGCAAAGCUUCGUUCGUCAACUAAAUAUGUAUGGUUUUAGUAAAAUCAAUGAAAUGAUUCAUUCCAAUAUUAGUUUUGAUAAUCAAACUUGGGAUUUCAAGCAUCCUCAUUUCAAGCGUGGUGAUUUUCAAUCUUUGUCUCUUGUAAAAAGGAAAUCCGUCAAAUCAUCAUCUACAACCAUCUCAAGUCCAUCAUCAUCGUCUUCUUCUUACAAUACUAGUCAGAAUGAUAUCAUCAACACAAAAUCACAACAACAACCAUCACAACAAUGUGAUUCUUUUGAUGAGAAUGAUAUCGUGCACAAUCGAGUGGGUUUAUUGGAUGAACAAGUCCAUCAAGUCUCCAAUAAUGUCAAUCAACUUACAAAUGAUGUUCAAGAUAUCAAGUCAAUCAUAUAUCAACAGCAAAACAUCAUCCAUGAUUUAGCCAAUAUGGUACGCUCUUACCAGGGUAAGUAAAAUCCAUCAUCAGUAACUUCUUUAUCUACUCCGGGAAAGGAAU